AUGAACUUUGCGGUGGGAUUCAAGCCCAUGCUGGGGGACUCGCACAGCAUGGACAGCCUGGAGAAGCAGCUGAUCUGCCCCAUCUGCCUGGAGAUGUUCAGCAAGCCCGUGGUCAUCCUGCCCUGCCAGCACAACCUGUGCCGCAAAUGUGCCAACGACAUCUUCCAGGCUUCCAACCCACUGUGGCAGUCGCGGGGCUCGAGCUCGGUGUCGUCGGGGGGGCGGUUCCGGUGUCCCUCCUGCCGCCACGAGGUCGUCCUGGACCGGCACGGCGUCUACGGGCUGCAGCGCAACCUGCUCGUGGAGAACAUCAUCGACAUCUACAAGCAGGAGUCGACCAGGCCCCUGCACGCCAAAGCCGAGCAGCAGCUGAUGUGCGAUGAGCACGAGGACGAGAAGAUCAACAUCUACUGCCUGAGCUGCGAGGCGCCCACCUGCUCCCUGUGCAAGGUGUUCGGGGCCCACAAGGACUGCGAGGUGGCCCCGCUGCCCAGCGUCUACAAGCGCCAGAAGAGCGAACUGAGCGACGGCGUCGCCAUGCUGGUGGCUGGGAACGACCGCAUCCAGGCCAUCGUGACCCAGAUGGAGGAGAUCUGCAAGGCCAUCGAGGAGAACAGUCGGCGGCAGAAGCAGCACCUGAGCCAGCGUUUCGACUCGCUCUACAGCACCCUGGAGGAGCGCAAGAAGGAGCUGGUGCAGCGCAUCAGCCGGGAGCAGGAGGAGCGGGUCAGCCACGUGCGCUCCCUCAUCCGCCAGUACGGGGAGCACCUGGAGCUCUCCGCCAAGCUGGUGGAGUCGGCCAUCCAGGCCAUGGAGGAGCCCCAGAUGGCCGCGUACCUGCAGCAAUCCAAGGAGCUGCUUCAAAAGAUCACGGACAUGUCGAAGGUGUCGAUGAGUAGCCGCCCAGAGCCCGGCUACGAGAAGAUGGACCACUUCUCUGUCAAUGUGGACAACCUGGCCGAGAUGCUGAGAACCAUCGAGUUCCAGACAGACUCGCUGGGUGAGGACGACACGGACGGGUUUGCGGGCGGGGAUGGAGGAGACGCUGGAGCCGACGAGGACAGGCCAGAGGCGCUAGAGGGGGCCGAAGCAGUGGGGUCCAGGCAGAAGCCAGCGAGCUCCCCGCAUGGUCAGCACUGAGAGCCAGCACUGCAGGAGGAGCCCACGAGUGAGACCCCCAGGACGUGGUGUCAACAGCGACCGAUUUCCCGCGGCGGAGACCCCGCGUUCCCGGCCCCCUCUCCCCGGCCGAGACCCCGCGUUCCCGGCCCCUUCUCCCCG